CCUCUGGUGGAGAAAGUAUUGGAGUCCAAGCUGAAGGGGGAGAGAAGUUGAGAUUUUGUGCAAAGAAUUGCUUUGCUCAUGCAGAGGACAGUACCUCGGGAAAAAUAUAGCACACAUAUUUGAAACUUGUCAUUUGAACUCUUUUUGCACGGUGCACAGCUCCAAGCCUGUAAUUAAUGUUUUGGGGUUUUUUUUUUUCUAAAUAGAUAGCAACACUCUUGGAUAAAGACUCUUGGCUUUAGCUGUAAAAAUCGGAUUAUCUGACUGAGGCAUUGUGUUCAUUAGACCAGUCUACUUUUUCCCCUCCUCUUCGCAUUUGAGGUUUAUGCUAUAACUGAAGAGAAGACCAACAAUGAUUCUGAGUUUUUGCCUCUUGGUGACAUUUAUCUUGGGGCUGUCCGGGUGCUUGGGCUCAUACGUGCCGUGCGAGCCUUGUGACCAGAAGGCGCUGUCCAUGUGCCCUCCGGUCCCGGUCGGCUGCCAGCUGGUCAAGGAGCCGGGCUGCGGCUGCUGCCUAACGUGCGCCCUGUCUGAGGGGCAGGCGUGCGGCGUUUACACCGGGACGUGCACCCAGGGCCUCCGCUGCCUGCCGAGGAGCGGGGAGGAGAAGCCCCUGCACGCCCUUCUCCACGGCAGGGGAGUGUGCACCAACGAGAAAGGAUACAAACCUGCUCACCCGCCCAUAGAUCGUGAGUCUCGAGAACACGAGGACACCAUGACCACAGAGAUUACAGAGGAGCUGCAGCCAGCCAAAGUGCCGCUCCUUCCUAAAGACAUUGUGAACAGUAAAAAAGUCCAUGCGCUGCGCAAGGAGCAAAAGAGGAAGCUGGGCAAGCAGCGCUCCAUGGGCUCCCCCAUGGACUACUCCCCCCUGCCCAUCGACAAGCAUGAGCCUGAAUUUGGUCCAUGCAGAAGAAAACUGGAUGGGAUCAUUCAGGGGAUGAAGGACACUUCUCGUGUAAUGGCUCUGUCUUUGUACCUCCCCAACUGCGACAGAAAAGGAUUCUUCAAGCGCAAGCAGUGUAAACCAUCUCGCGGCCGCAAACGAGGCAUCUGCUGGUGCGUGGACAAGUAUGGCGUCCAGCUCCCCGGCACAGACUACAGCGGAGGGGACAUUCAGUGUAAAGACCUGGAGAGUGGCAACAACAAUGAGUGAAAAGGGGAAGACCACCCUCGAACCCCUACCACCAACCCCCACCCCCUAACCACCACGUGACCCAGGGCCCACGCCUCCUCUCUGAAUCACACCUGUAUGCUCCGCCCUCCGUUCACUUCAAGAUUUUUGUUUUGUUUUUUUUUUUUGUUUUGUUUUUUCAAAUUGAACAAAAAAGGAAGAAAAAAAUAAUCCAAACGAAAGAACAGGCUGAACAAAAGACACCUGUAAUUUUUUUCUUUUCUUUUCUGUUGUUGACCAAGCACUCGUCGUCGAAUGAGGGGGAAAAGUCCCAGAAGAUUUAAAUAGAGCCCUUGACUUAUUGCUCAUGGGACCCCUUGUAUGAGCCGGGUCCCCUGAUUGCAGAUCCAUGAAAAUAUAUGCACACAAUGGAUAUAUUUUUGUAGAAGCUGGGGGUUUCAAUACAACACUUUGUAUGAUGUAACAUUAACACGAAAUCAUUUUGAAGAAAAAGAAAAAAAAAAGCAUCAGGCACAUUGAUUGAAAACAGAUCAGUUUUUAGGCUGUGGAACAUGAUGCUACUGUGGAACUGAUGAUUGGCUGUUGAGUAUUUUUUUUUUGUUUGUUUUUUUGUA